AUGGAAGGGGCCAAAAGGCAAAGUUUGGAGGAAGACUCUGAAGGACAGGCCACACACACAGGACCCAAAGGAGUAAUAAAUGAUUGGAGAAAGUUUAAAUUGGAGAGUGAAGAUAGUAAUUCAUUCCCACCCAGCAAGAAGGAGAUUCUCAGACAAAUGUCUUCUCCUCAGAGUAGAGAUGACAAAGACUCAAAAGAAAGAUUCAGCAGAAAGAUGAGCGUUCAAGAAUAUGAGCUAAUCCACAGAGAAAAAGAAGAUGAAAAUUGCCUUCGUAAAUACCGUAGGCAGUGUAUGCAGGAUAUGCACCAGAAGCUGAGUUUUGGGCCUAGAUAUGGGUUUGUCUAUGAGCUGGAAUCUGGGGAGCAAUUCCUGGAAACCAUUGAAAAGGAGCAGAAAAUAAUCACAAUCAUUGUUCACAUUUAUGAAGAUGGUAUUAAGGGUUGUGAUGCUCUAAACAGUAGCUUAAUACGCCUUGCAGCCGAAUACCCUACGGUCAAGUUUUGUAAAAUAAAAGCUUCUAAUACAGGCGCUGGGGACCGCUUUUCCUCAGAUGUACUCCCCACACUGCUCGUCUACAAAGGUGGGGAACUCAUAAGCAAUUUCAUUAGUGUUGCUGAACAGUUUGCCAAAGAAUUUUUUACUGGGGAUGUGGAAUCUUUCCUGAAUGAAUAUGGGUUAUUACCUGAAACAGAAAUGCAUGUCCUGGAGCAGAGCAACAUGGAAGAAGAUAUGGAAUAA